AUGGCGCGGCUGAUUCGGCGGUACUGGGACAUCCCUGACGGCACCGACUGUCACCGCAAGGCCUACGCCAGCACCACGAUCACUGGCGCCGUUGGCCUGAUCACCUCCGCCUACAGCAUCGCCCUCAAGCCCCCUGACUCCUUCCUGGAGGGAGUGGCCAGGACAGGACGGUACACAUUUACUGCAGCUGCCAUUGGUGCCAUAUUUGGCAUUGCCUCCUGCGUCAGUGCCCAGGUCCGACAGAAGCCCGACGACCCCCUGAACUACUUCAUUGGCGGCUGCGCUGGAGGCCUGACGCUGGGAGCACGCACUCACAACUAUGGGAUCGGCGCUGCAGCCUGCGUGUACAUGGGCAUAGCGGCCUCCCUGGCCAAGAUGGGCCAGCUGGAGGGCUGGGAGUUUUUCGCAGAGCCCAAGGUGUGA